GUUAAAAUUUAAUUUUCUUUUAUAUAUAGUGUAUAUAUUUUCAAUAUAAACAAAAUAAAAAUGGCUGAAGAAAAUGUAAAAGUAAUUGUACGAUGUCGUCCAAUGAACAAACGGGAAUUGGACUUAAAUUGUCGUGCUAUUGUACAAAUGAAUGGUUGUGAAGUGAAAUUAACAAAUCCAAAUGAUAAGAACUGUCCGACAAAACAAUUCACAUUUGAUUCAGUGUAUGAUAUGAAAUCAGCGACAGAAAAUUUAUAUAAUGAUAUUUGUUAUCCAUUAGUUGAAAGUGUUUUAGAAGGAUACAAUUCCACAGUAUUUGCAUAUGGACAAACUGGAUGUGGUAAAUCAUUUACAAUGGAAGGUUCAAGUACACCAAGUUCAACACGUGGUAUUAUCCCACGUGCAUUAGAACAUAUAUUUGAAGCAAUUUCAGUUGCCAGCGAUGUCAAAUUUUUAGCAUUAGUUAGUUAUUUAGAAAUUUAUAAUGAACAAAUUCGUGAUUUACUAAUGCCAUCAGAAAAAUUAAAUUCUUCAAUGUCUGGUUUACCAUUAAAAGAGAUUCCAAAUGAAGGUGUUGUUGUACAAGGUUUAUCAACGCAUCCAGUCCAUAACAUACAAGAAUGUGAAAAUUUACUACGAAUUGGAUCAAAAAAUCGUAUAAUUGGUACAACAUUAAUGAAUCAAAAUUCAUCCAGAUCGCAUAGUAUAUUUACAAUAAGUGUGGAACAAAUUAGUAAAAAUAAUUGUAUUAGUCAAAAUAGUUUAGAAUGUAAAAUGGAUGAUCAACAGCAUAUUAAAAAAGGAAAAUUAAAUUUAGUGGAUUUAGCUGGUUCAGAACGACAAACAAAAACUGGUGCAACUGGGGAUCGUUUGAAGGAAGCCACUAAAAUUAAUUUAUCCUUAAGUGCAUUAGGGAAUGUGAUAUCAGCAUUAGUUGAUGGAAAAUCUAAACAUAUACCAUAUAGAGAUUCAAAAUUAACAAGAUUACUACAGGAUUCGCUUGGAGGAAAUACAAGAACUCUUAUGAUUGCUUGUAUCUCACCUGCUGACAAUAAUUAUGAUGAAACAUUGUCAACGCUUCGAUAUGCAAAUCGUGCAAAGAAUAUUUCAAAUCAACCAAUAGUGAAUGAGGAUCCAAAAGAUGCAAUGCUACGUAAAUACCAAGAAGAAAUUCAAAAAUUAAAGGAAAUGUUACAAAGUUCCGCCCCAUCAAUAAAUUCUAUUGAAAAUAAGGAAGUAAAUAACAACGAUAUUGAAAUAACACGUCCAGUAUCUGAAGAAUAUAAAUUAAAAUUAGAAAUGGAAAAACAUAAAAUCAUUUCGGAAUAUCAAGAUGAAAUGAAUCGAUUGAAAAAUGAACACGAAUCAGAGAAAAAUGAAAAAGAGCAUUUAAUGCAAGAGAUGCUUGAUUUAAAAACGCAAUAUGAAAAUAAUUUAGCAAAAGUUAAUCAAGAAAUGAAAGAGAACGAAGUGAAAAUUGUUCCAAAAGAAGAAAUUAUGAAAAGAUUACAAGCAAUAAAAGCAUCUAUUAUCGGUGGUGAGAAAGCAAAUGAUGAAAAAUUAAAAGAAAAGCGCAAAAGAAAAAAAUUAGCUGCAGAAAAGAAGUUGCAUGCCCUAGCUCAAGUAUUAGCACGGGUUGAACAAGAUGAAGAUCGUGAACUACUUCAAGAUCAAUAUAAAGACAUAACUCAAGAGUUGAAUUUAAAAACAGAAGGCUUACGAAAAUAUAGGCAUAAAGUGAAAGCACUUGAACGUGAAAUACACGAUAUUCAAGGCGAAUUUGAAACGGAGCGAACAGAUUAUUUAGAAACAAUACGUAAACAUGAACGCACUAUCAAAUUAUUAUCGCAGAUUAUACAUAAAAUGGUACCCUUAUUAAAAAAAGACUGCAAUUAUAGUGAUAUAGAAACAAUAAAAUCUCAAGCUGUAUGGAAUGAAGAAGUUCGGAAAUGGAAAUUACCUGAAGUUAUAUUCACUAGGACAACUUUACCGCCUGCAGGAAGAAUAAAUACAAGCCAAACAGCACCAGGUAGAUUAGAGAGUGAUUCAGAUGGUGAAUCAGGUCACGAAUCAAAUGGCCAAGAAAUAUAUAUGCAGGAUUUAAAUAAUCUUGAUAAUCAAUCAGACUCGAAUACAGUUGAAGAAAUUUUAUUAAAGAAGUUGGAAAAAUCAGAAAAGGAAAAUAUUGCUGGAAAUUAUUUUAAACCUCGACGAGCUACACAACUAUUGAAUAAUUCAAAUAAUGCAGAUCCAGCAAAAGCAUUCAAUAUUUGGCGAGAUUUUGCUCAAAAAAGUCGAGCGCAUUCAUCAACUACCACAGACAUUGGAUACUUAACGACCUCGCCAUCUGGAGCAAUUGGAAGUUUAAAUAAUAGUUGGAAUGGUUUUACGCAUCCGCCAAGCAAAAACUCAAAUUUAACAAAUCUAUGGAUAAAUGGUAAUGGUGUAUCAUCCCCCGAAUUACGAAGGCCUCUAAGACUGGAUGCUUUACCGACAAUUGAAAAACGCCAUAAAAAUAAAUUGAAUACAUUAGACUUAAUUUAACAAUACAUUUUAUAUGCGUUUAAAUUUAUUGUAAAGCCAAAACAAUAACAA